UUACAUUUCAAGUAACAAAACUUCAGUAGGUAGGUACUAGGUAGUCGAAACGCCGUGCGAACUACUUACAUUUCGUGGUAAUUUCUAUUCCCUGGUAGUCAAUGGUACUUAGUUCAUAUACUUAGUGAAAAAUAUAAUGGGUGAAGAGAGCAACCCUUUGGCAACUUGCCAUUCGGUGUGGGCAGUUUUGAUGACCAUUAUUGUCCUACUAUACGUAUUUUUCGAUGUAAAUCAUUUUCUGAGGCUCGCAUUCACCAUUGGAUGGGGAAGACUAUUCGAGAAAAGGAAGACAUUUGAUGAAAGUACAGAAAUUUAUGGUAUCGCUACAACCCAAGACAUGGACAUUUUCAUAAGGAACUUGAGCAACGCUCGGUACAUCAGAGAACUGGAUUUUGCAAGGUUCCACUUCUACGACAGGACCGGACUCUACGACGAAUUCAGGAAAAUCAAUGCCCACGUGCUACAAUCCGCUACCAACAUCCGAUACAGAAAGCCAAUCCCCAUGUUCAGCACUUACAAAAUUACAACAAAGGUCAUCUACUGGGAGGAAAAGGCUCUGUAUAUCGAACACCAGUUCGUGACCCUCAGCGACGGGUUCGUGAGGGCCGUGGUGCUGAGCAAGCAGGGCACCAUCGGCAUGGAUGUGCCCCAGGUCAUGGCCAAGCUGACCGGCAGGGACGUUUCGUACCGCCCUGAGCCUCCCGCGGAGUUCCAGGACUGGAUCAGCUCGAUGGAGAAGAGCAGCAACAGGUGGCAGAGUCUCUCUAAUUGUCAUCAAGAACACGGUCAUCGAUAGAAGAGCACUUAUCCCCAGUGUUACCUUCUCUCCAGAUUCUGAAGGGACGUAGAAAACAAGUAAAGCUGAAACAAGAAAAUCAGAGGAUAUUCAUGCACCAAUGGACUUUCAUUACGCUAAUUUGAACCUUCUUUAUUUCUCAGAUUUGUGAAACAUCAAAUAUACAAAUGCUCAGGUCGUUCAGUCAUUCUUGAAUGGAAUGGGUUUCACCAUAAUUUCAGUUCUCAAAACCCAAAUAACGCAUUUGUUAUAAU